GCACCCAGGGGGCCUGUAUAAGGCAGGGAGAACCCGGAGCCACACCUCCUGGACGGGAACCCAGAGCAGCUCUGCCCAGCCCGGCCCAGGGUCCAGCUGCCCUCCUGGGAGCAGGCCUGCAGCAUGAUGAUGAGCCCUUACUCACUGCCCUACCUCCUCUUCCUGCCGCUGGGUGCCUGCUUUCCUGUGCUGGACACAGCAGAGCCCGUGGACGCUGUGGGUGGCAUCGGAGGUGAAAUGAGCCGGGUCGACCUGGCGGGGGGACGUCACUUCCCCUGGGGCUCCCCUGGGUGGCCGAGAGCGCCACACCCACACGCCCUGCUCGGCAUGGCCAAGGAGCUGCAGACAUUGGGCAGAGUGUGUGCCGGCUUCAAGUUGAGGCUCGGGAGGCAGCAGGACGAUGGCAGUGAGGCCACCGGCUUCCUUCUGGGUGACGGCGAGAAAGCUGGUGGCCUGUUAAGGACCCUGGCAGAGGAGCUCAACAGCUACAGCAGGAAGGAAGGCGGCUUCAGCUUCCGCUUCGGCCGGGGGUGA